GAGAGAGAGAGAGAGAGAGAGAGAGAGAGAGAGAGAGAGAGAGAGAGAGAGAGAGAAGCGCGCGCACAGGAGUUCUCCUCGCGACACAGAGCGCGUCACGCGUCCAGUAGAAACUUCAAGCUCGAGACUCGAGUGUGCCAAGACGCGCGCUGCACUGACCCUCGCGCUUCUCACUCAAAGGAGUAUUCUCAUACAAGGAGUUCCUUAAACCUGAUGUAACUGAGAGUUUUAUGCAUCGUUCUUGUUUUUCUGGAUCCUUUCAUGAAGAAGGGACGUGAUGGGACUAAUUUUAUGUGGGAUUGGGAGCCGCAGUUGAGAGCAUGAGCCAGAACGUGCUGUCAUUUCACACACGGAUGGAGGACUGGUAUAUGAGUGACGUUCCCAUCAGCAGGGUCACGUUGCUGCCCACUAUUCUAUCAUCAUGACCACCGGUGAGGACACAGAACCAACCCUGUGGCCGGAUCGGACCAAAGCAGCUCAGGCUGAAGGCCCAGGCCUCGAGGAGGCUGAGGACCUGCCCGGUGGCCUUACUGGAAGUGGCGAAACAUCUUGGAAGUCCACUGGCAGCAUGGCAGAGGUGAAGGAGAAUGUGCAGCUUCCAUAUCCGACCCUUGCACCGGUGGUGUUCUUCUGGCUCCAUCAGAGCACUCGACCCCGCAGCUGGUGCCUUGCACUUGUGUGCAGCCCGUGGUUUGAGCGCAUCAGCAUGCUGGUUAUUCUGCUCAACUGCAUCACACUCGGCAUGUUUCAGCCCUGCCAAGACCUGGAGUGCCACUCUGACAGGUGCAGCAUACUGCAGUUCUUCACUCUGCAGGCCUUCGAUGACUUCAUCUUUGCAUUCUUUGCUGUGGAGAUGGUGUUAAAAAUGGUGGCCUUGGGGGUAUUCGGCCCGAAAUGUUACCUUGGCGACACCUGGAACCGCCUUGACCUCUUUAUCGUCAUGGCUGGGAUGUUGGAGUAUUCUUUAGAUGGUCAUAAUGUUAGUUUCUCAGCCAUCAGAACCGUACGGGUUCUCCGACCUUUACGAGCCAUCAACAGAGUUCCUAGCAUGCGGAUCCUGGUGACAUUGCUGUUGGAUACUCUACCGAUGCUGGGAAACGUCUUGCUGCUGUGUUUCUUCGUGUUCUUCAUCUUCGGGAUCGUCGGCGUGCAGCUGUGGGCGGGGCUUCUCCGAAACCGCUGCUUCUUUGACAGCAACGUCAGAAAGCUGUAUAAUGUUUCAGAGUCUGUGAACGAAUACUACAGACUGGACGAAACAGACGACAUCCCCUUCAUUUGCUCCACCAUUCGGGAGAACGGAAUGUUGCACUGCUACAAUAUCCCCAAACGCAGAGUGGGAGGGGCUGAUUGUGAACUCACGCCUGAUGAUGUCACAGAUCUGGUUUUUAAGGAACCGCAUCAUCAUGGAUGCGUAAACUGGAACUUGUACUACAACAUCUGCGAAGCAAGCGAACACAACCCCCAUAAUGGGGCUAUCAACUUUGACAACAUUGGAUAUGCAUGGAUUGCUAUCUUUCAGGUCAUCACCUUAGAGGGAUGGGUGGAUAUAAUGUAUUAUGUCAUGGAUGCACAUUCCUUUUACAACUUCAUCUAUUUCAUCUUCCUUAUCAUUGUAGGCUCCUUCUUCAUGAUCAACCUGUGCCUAGUCGUCAUUGCAACACAGUUCUCCGAGACCAAACAACGCGAGAACCAGCUGAUGAAGGAGCAGCGAGCACGUUUCCGCAGUAACGAAUCCACCUUAGGGAGCUUGACCGAACCAGGAUCCUGCUACGAAGAAAUGCUGAAGUACCUCGUCCACGUUUGUCGUAAACUUUGCCGUCACGCCUCACGCCUCUACGGCGAAUUAUGCCCUAAGAGACACGGGGGCGUGGCCAAUCCCAGCAGCUCCCUCUCAGUGGGUGGGACUAAUGGAUAUUGGAGUGACAAUGGAUCAAAGAUGGGUCCGACCCAAUACUGUAUGCUGCAUUAUCAUCACCCCCAUCAGAAUCAACAUUACCUCAGCAAUGGCAUAGAAAUGAAGACCCUUCAUCUCGAUAGAGAUUCUAAAAAGUCGCCAUCACUCCCACUUGCACUUCAAAAUUUAAAGGGUUUGAGGCUCGGUAUGAACUAUCCCACCAUCCUGCCCUCCAAAAUGUACACGAACUCACAUACUCGCUCACACUCGACCGGAGGAGUCAAAGCGCCAGCUUUCUAUAGCAGGAAGAUCUCUGUUUGUAGUGGAUACCAUGAUACUUACAAGUUGCAGCACGGUGUGUAUCCAGGGACAUGUUUGAGUGUGUGUGCGGACAGCAGGGUGGGGCUGGUGUCUUCAGAGUCAUCCUCCUGCCCGAUUUGCGCCCAGGAAAGUGAUGGUGUUAAUUGCGACUCCAACGGUGAAUCGGACCCAGAGAAGCAGGGGCCAGACGUCAGCUCGGAACAGAGCAAAAGAAACCAAGACAUGGAUGAAAAGGAGUCUGGGAAUGUGAACUGUGUGUGUGUGUGUUUUCAUUAUGCCAGAGCCAUUUUGAAGCGGAUUGUGGACAGCAAGUACUUUAACAGAGGGAUAAUGAUAGCAAUCCUCAUCAAUACACUCAGCAUGGGUGUGGAGUACCAUGAACAGCCGGACGAGCUGACGGACGUGCUGGAGAUCAGUAAUAUUGUCUUCACUAGUUUGUUCGCGUUAGAGAUGCUCCUGAAGCUUUCGGCCUGCGGUCUGUUCGACUACAUCAGCAACCCCUACAACAUCUUCGACGGGAUCAUCGUUAUCAUCAGUGUGUGUGAGAUCGUCGGACAAGGGGACGGAGGGUUUUCGGUGUUGCGGACGUUCCGGUUGCUCAGGGUGCUAAAGCUGGUGCGGUUCCUCCCCGCUCUGCGCAGGCAGCUGGUGGUACUGAUGAAGACCAUGGACAAUGUGGCCACCUUCUGCAUGCUGCUGAUGCUCUUCAUCUUCAUCUUUAGUAUACUGGGAAUGCAUCUGUUUGGGUGUAAGUUUACUCUACGUUUGGAGAAUGGGGACACGGUGUCUGAUAGGAAGAAUUUUGACUCACUCCUCUGGGCCAUCGUCACCGUUUUCCAGAUUUUGACCCAGGAGGACUGGAAUGUGGUUCUGUAUAACGGCAUGGCCUCCACCUCCCCAUUGGCCGCUCUGUACUUUGUGGCCUUGAUGACCUUUGGGAAUUACGUCCUCUUCAACUUGCUGGUUGCCAUCUUAGUAGAGGGCUUCCAAGCUGAGGGUGAUGCUAGCAGAUCAGACCUUGAUGAUGGCAUGUCGUCUGACUAUGGUGAUGAGGACAAACUGAGAGAACUGCUAAAAUCAGGAUCAGAGAUGAAAAUGCAGACAUUAAUGCCCAUCUCCAACGGACACCUGGAACCUCGAGCGUCUAUGCCACCUCACAUACAACUCAACGCCACACCCAGAACUGAGGUGUCACACAUCUACAGCCAAUCACGGCGCAACAGCAACACCUCCACCGAACCCCAUGACCAGAGAUCCCUGUCCAGCCUUUGGGGAAGUCGCCGCUCCAGUUGGAACAGUCUUGGCCAGGCCCCCAGUCUAAUAAGACGUUCUCAGUCAAGAGAUCGCGAGUCGCUGCUGUCUGGAGCGGGACAGGACAGCAUGGAUGAAAACCAAUCAGAUGAUGGGAAAUCCAGCAGGACCGGCAGUCUGGGCGGAGUUUCAUGUCUAGGGUCGUUUGAUUUUCCAGAGCUCUUGCAGGUUCCGCGCCCAUAUUUGGAGUGCAAUGGCAGAUUAGAUGGAAGUUAUCCAUCCUCUCCAAAAAUUAAACAGCCCGACCCAUCACCCACACAAGGGGCAGAUGAUGAUGAUUUUGAGGAGAGCUGGUGUCUCAUUCUGAAGAGACUGUUGGAGCCUUAUAAACCCCAGUGGUGCAGUGACCAUGAGGAUUGGUCUCUUUAUUUAUUUUCCCCUCAUAAUAAGUUCCGGAUUCGCUGUCAGAAAGUCAUCACUCAUAAGAUGUUUGAUCAUAUUGUGCUGUUCUUCAUCUUCUUCAACUGCAUCACAAUCGCUCUGGAGAGACCCGACAUCCAGCCCGACAGCACGGAGCGGGUUUUCCUUAAAGUGUCCAACUACAUCUUCACUGUGAUCUUUGUGGCUGAGAUGACUGUGAAGGUGGUUUCUCUCGGGCUGUACGCUGGUCCAGGCUCGUACCUGAAGAGCAGCUGGAAUGUUCUAGACGGUUUUCUGGUAUUUGUGUCUAUUGUGGACAUCCUGGUCUCACUCGCAUCCUCUGGCGGGAACAGAAUCCUGGGUAUCUUACGAGUUCUUCGACUGCUCAGAACACUAAGACCCUUGAGGGUCAUAAGCAGGGCCCCCGGACUGAAGCUGGUCGUGGAAACAUUGAUCACGUCUCUCAGACCUAUUGGAAAUAUUGUGUUAAUCUGUUGCGCUUUCUUUAUUGUCUUUGGCAUUCUGGGAGUUCAGCUCUUCAAGGGGAAGUUUCAUCACUGUGAAGGCUUUGACACUAGAAACAUCACCAAUAAAUCAGAGUGUCUGCUGGCGAAAUACAAAUGGGUCCGUAGGAAGUACAACUUUGAUAACCUGGGUCAGGCACUGAUGUCAUUAUUUGUCCUGUCAUCUAAAGAUGGUUGGGUCAGCAUCAUGUACGAUGGCUUAGAUGCCGUGGCUGUGGACAAACAGCCCAUAAGGAAUCAUAAUCCCUGGAUGCUUCUGUACUUCAUCUCCUUCCUGCUGAUCGUCAGCUUCUUCGUGCUGAACAUGUUUGUAGGCGUGGUGGUCGAGAACUUCCACAAGUGCAGACAAGACCAAGAGGAAGAGGAGGCCAGACGGAGAGAGGAAAAGAGAAAGAAGCGCAUGGAGAAGAAACGCAGGAAGGCCAUGCAGAGACCGUACUAUGCAGACUACUCUCCAACACGCCUCUAUAUUCACACGCUCUGCACUAGUCAUUAUCUGGACCUCUUCAUCACCAUCAUCAUCGCCAUUAAUGUCCUUACAAUGUCAAUGGAGCACUACAGACAACCCAAGUAUCUUGAUGAAGGUUUGAAAUACUGUAACUAUGUCUUCACGCUGGUCUUUGUGAUCGAGGCUGUGCUGAAACUGGUUGCCUUUGGCUUUAGGAGAUUUUUCAAAGAGAGGUGGAAUCAGUUAGACUUGGCCAUUGUUCUUCUCUCCAUCAUGGGCAUCACACUUGAGGAAAUUGACCUGAAUGCCUCUCUACCCAUCAACCCAACUAUCAUACGCAUCAUGAGAGUGCUGCGCAUCGCCAGAGUGUUGAAGCUGUUGAAGAUGGCCACAGGAAUGAGAUCUCUUCUGGAUACAGUAGUUCAAGCUUUACCGCAGGUUGGUAAUCUGGGUCUGCUUUUUAUGCUGCUGUUCUUCAUCUAUGCGGCACUGGGAGUUGAACUCUUUGGCAAACUUGAAUGCACUGAGGAGAGCCCAUGUGAGGGUUUGAGCCGACAUGCUACAUUUCAGAACUUCGGCAUGGCAUUCCUCACUCUGUUCCGCAUUUCCACGGGAGACAACUGGAACGGAAUCAUGAAGGAUACUCUGCGGGAAUGUAAAAAUGACAAAUGUCUGAGUUACCUUCCGCUUUUGUCACCUCUGUACUUUGUGACAUUUGUGCUGGUGGCACAGUUUGUGCUGGUGAAUGUUGUGGUCGCUGUGCUCAUGAAACAUUUAGAGGAAAGUAACAAAGAUGCCCGUGAGGAGGCAGAGAUGGAUGCGGAGUUGAAGGAGGAGCUUAAGGGUGGUCGCAGACAAAGCUCCGCCGCUAUGGGCGGAGUCAUUGGGCCGGAAGGUACAGCUGUUAAAAUGGAGACUCUCUCACAUGAACAGGGCAAAGACCCCAAUUAUGGCAACUUCCUGACAGUUGGGAGGCCGUCUAUGUCACGGAUGCUGUCCUUACCCAAUGACAGUUACAUGCUGUAUCCUGUUAAGCCUGUAUAUGGGUCCGUUCAUGAUAGAUUCUCCAGACAGGACUCUACACUACCAGGCUCCUCUCUCUCACUCGGGACCCAGUCCUGUGAAGAUAAUGCCGUAAUGCAGGUUCCAGGAACUGCAUCUCAGACGAGCCUGGCCUCCAUUCCUGCUCUCCACCCUCUAAACCGAAGAGCCAGAUCUAGUAAUGGCUUCAGAGCUCUAAAGAGACAGCAAGCAAUAAAGAGUGACUCCUUCGAUUCCACAAACGUUGACUCCAGAGACACCUUACAUAUCCCGAGCAAGCCCUGCUCCAGUGAUAAUCUCCUUCUCAAAGUACCCAUGAUGCCCCUCACCGGUGGAUCUGCCCCCUGUUCCCCCCAGGCCUCAGCCCCCGCUCGCCCCCGCAGCCGGACAGCGAGCGUACAGACAAACAGACAUGUGUACAGCCAGCGCAGCAUCCCCUGCCGAAACACAGCGCGCCAUACGCACUCCAUCAAAUCUCUGCCGGUAACGCACACACAUGCACAAACAGAGCUACGGGAUUCAGACGACUCGGCCCGACUCAACACCAACAUCACCCAAAGAAGAGCCUCUCGGUGUGGGGCACGCAGCCACAACCCACAUUUCUGUUCUGACACCCAGUCUCAGGACUCAUUGCACAGUGGGACGGCCCGUCAACCGGACACAAGUGCUCAUGGUCUACGGAAGCACAACAGUAUGGAGAAUAACGGCUUCCUAUCUCAGCUCCAAAUCCCUCGCCGUCACUCGACGCACGGCCUACUACUUCAACAGCAGACAAUUUCACCAUCACCCAAAAAGGAGAAAAUGAGCCCUCCGUGCAUCUCCAUCGACCCGCCUACCGAAGCGGUCGGACAGGAGCACAGCACGGUUCUGAGGAGGCGGACCCCAUCCUUUGAUUCCGCUCUACCACGGGACUCGCCGGAUCUUCCUGACGUGCAGGACCAACCUCUUUUGCCUAGUCGUUUGCCCCUCCCACAAUUCUCUUUUGACCAAUCAGAUGUAAGUUCCCUGAGUAGCCUGUCGGAACUGCUCUCGGAUAGUGACCAGUCGACGCGCUCCUUCCUUCCUGAGGCGCGGUCGGGGCUUGUGGGAGAGGCAGCUCAGAGUCACCUCAGGAAGAAGGUAUUGGUCAGAAUGGCCAGCACUAGGGAUCCAGGAAAUGAGGAUCCGGUGGCCUAGGGCCCGGGACACCGCGCAGGAAGCCACUCACCCAUUCCGCCUCUUCGCAAAGCAUUUUAAUAACAGGAAGAGGCGGUGUCGGCAAAAGUAUGCAAAUGUGUUUCUGAUGGAACUGAUCUUUUUUUGCCUGAUCAUAUUGAUUAGGGAACUUGUGUUAGUGUUCAUCAUCACAUACGUUGAAAUUGUGACAUCAUAUGAAAAUCCAUCACAGAACCAACUUGCAUUGUGGCAUAUAAUUAUUACUGCACAUGACGGUGCAAUUUUAACCCUCAUAUUUUGUUUGGGGUCUGAAAGGUUGAUCAUUAAAUCGUUUAAAAGGUGUAAUUUAAAUUUCUAAUGUAACCCUCGUUCCCUGAAGGAGGGAACGUCAGAUGUUACACUGAACGUGAGCGACUGAUAGGGAACUCUGUAAUGGCUGACAUAAUAUAUAAUAGACAAAAAUACAAUCUUUUGAAAUGGGAGACUUUUUGAAAUGAACCUUUAGACAAAAUAUUUUAUAAAGAAAAAACAUUGAAUUUGUAUUUUUGUUGAGUUUCAUGUUUGAUACAUCAGGCUUUUAUGAUAUAGAAAAAUCGAGCAAGAGAAAUUUGCAAUUUGGUGCAGUUGCUGAUAUUUAUAAGGUCAAUUAGAUUAUAUCUCCCGAUAAUAUGUACGAUUGUAUUUAAAUGCUUAGUUUUAUGAUCAAAGCUCUGUAGUUUUUAUUGUGGAAGCAAAAUAUGUUAUACAAUACAAUAAUGAAUGAGAGAUAAAUAAAAGC